AUGCCCAGUGCCAAGGAUGGCGACAACUCCAUGAGGGGCGGGAACAGCCAGGGAUCCCUGAACCUCGUGGCGCACCAGACGAAGCCAGGCACGAUGCACUCCAUUCACGGAUCCGAGGCGGCGCGGCGGCAGGCCAUCACUGAACUCCUGUUCUUCGCGUCCGUGGGUGACUCCAUUCGCUGCCAGCGAAUCGUCGAGGCAUUCACCCUCGACGUGUCGUCGGACACAUGCUGCGACUACGACAAGCGCACCCCGCUGCACCUGGCGGCUUCCGAAGGCUGUUAUUCGGUCGCGAAGUGGCUGUUGAGCAAGGGAGCGAACGUGAACGCUGUGGACCGCUUCGGCCGCACGCCGCUGGCGGACGCGGUCAUGGCUGACCACGGCGAGGUGGCCAAGCUCCUGAUGACCAAGGGCGGCAAAGUGGUCGACAAGGACUCGACCGACAUCAAGCUCGUGCAGCUCGAGGAUCACCAGAUGGCGGGCAGAGUGAAGUGGGACGACAUAUCGGACUGGGAGGUGGACCCGAAGACCAUCAAGAUGCUCAGGAAACUCGGGCAGGGGGAGUUUGGCGAGGUGUACUUGGCGGAGUGGCACGGCACCCUGAUCGCGGUCAAGAAGCUCCGGGACUCGAACGAGGUGGCGCUGGGGGACUUCAGGACGGAGCUCAACAUCCUCAUGAAGGUGCACCACCCGCACAUGGUGCAGUUCCUCGGGGCGGUGACGAAGACCGAGCCGUUCAUGAUCCUCACGGAGUUCAUGCCAGGCGGCUCCCUCGCGGACCUGUUCGCGCUCCGGAAGCCCAUCAGCGCCCGCCGCUCGGCCGAGAUCGCGCUGGACACCGCCCGGGGGAUGUCCUACCUGCACAACCGGUCGCCGCAGGCCGUCAUCCACCGCGACCUCAAGCCCGCCAACUUGAUGGUCUCAGGGAACCCGUACCGCGGCGCCAACCAGGAGGGCUUCCGGGAGCGGCUGAUGUUCGACACCGGGAUCAUCAAGGUCGCGGACUUCGGUCUGUCGAAGUCGCUCGUUCUCAAUAAGAACAAGAACAAGCACGGCAACGUGCAGCUGUCCGACCUGCAGGAGGACGACACGUACCAGAUGACCGGCGAGACCGGCUCGUACCGCUACAUGGCGCCCGAGGUGUUCCGCCACGAGCCCUACAACAACAAGGUCGACAUCUACGCCUAUGCCAUGAUCAUGUACCAGCUGUUCGAGGGCGCCCCGCCCUUCCACAACAUGGACCCCAUCGACGCCGCCAAGGCCGCCUGCCUCGAGGGCAAGCGGCCCAUGUUCUCCAACCCCAACUACUGGGACGGCGUCGCCCCCAAGCCCCUCAGGGAUCUCAUCGCGAGGUGCUGGAACGAGAAUCCCGACGCGAGGCCAGAAUUCAACGAGAUCGUCGAGAUUCUGCAGGCAUACCUCGAGUCAUUGGGGCCCGCGCCCAAGAUCUACAAGCCGGUCGAAGAGCCGCCGAAGAACUGCUGCACCCUGCAGUGA